AUGACACAGCAAAUCCAAGAUCAGGCUAUAUCAUUCGGUAUACAGCAUACCAAAAGCCGGAUGGCGGACCUCUUGGCGGCCGAUGUAGUCGUUGCUGCAGGUUCAGCAACAUUGAUUACGCCGGCGGUGAUGAUCUUUGACAGACUCGUCGUUGAGAAAUCAUUCUACAACCAACCUCUCUUCCCGGCUUUCCGCAGACACCUUUGGUUAUCCCUCACACAACCUGCCACUUUCUUAACAUCACGACCCAGUCUCCUGGUCUGGUCCCUUUACACCGCAACCUUCGCCACAGCCAAUGUCUCAGAGACCAUCUUGAGCAAGUGGUACCCGAAGAUCGACCAUGCUAUCGCAGGCAUGACCACCUUCGCUUCAACAUUCAUAGUCAACUCCUCCGUGGGCAUCUGGAAGGACGUGAAAUUCGCCCAAUUAUUUGGUCACAGCAACACCUCCGUGCCAGCCGUAAACAACGCAACCUCACCAAGUCCAUCUCCAACUCCCACACCAACUCCCACAUCUACCUCCAACACAACCUCAGCCCCUAAAAUUGCCCGCUCAAUCGGUCGCACCCGAAUCCCCGUGGCUACAUACUCAGCCUUUCUCGUCCGAGACGCUCUCACAAUCUUCGGCUCCUUCAGCCUCCCUGCCAUGGUCUCAGCAUCAAUCCCAGACUCCGUCGCCUCCCAAGAAUACCUCAAGAUCUUGAUUGCGCAGCUCGCUAUCCCAGCCUCCAUCCAACUUAUCAGCACGCCUAUCCACCUGCUCGGCCUAGAUCUAUAUAACCGACCACAGGUGAUGCCGACCAAAGAGCGGAUCAGCCGUGUCAGCCGCGACUGGAUCAGCGCGUCACUGCUGCGCAUGUGUCGCAUUAUCCCCGCUUUCGGAAUUGGCGGGUUCGUUAAUGCAGAGGGCCGGCUUUACUUGCACGAUCAAUUUGGUGGCCGGCGCAAUGGGUCUUGA